GGACAUUCGAUUAUUGCUGAGAUACAACGUUUGUCCGAUCAAGUCCCCGAUGAUUUCGUUAAUCCGUCGUCGAGUCGAUUCAAACCGUUGAUUUUCGAUUUUUCAUAUUUUGACGAUUUAUCAGUCGUCGAUAAAUUCAUUGAUUCGAAUGAGGAAGGUGCACAACUUGAAGAUGAAUUCUUCUUUACAUUCGAUAAGGUUAUCAAACGAUUCGGUGCUCUCUUCGAUGCGCUGGCUCAUUUCUUUGCUGAUAUCAUCGAGUGGUGCGCAAUAUUUCCACAUAUAUUUUUUAUUUUACUCAUAGUCAGUACGUACGGUAUACUGUAA